CCAACACUCAGCUCAUUUUUAGUCGACUCACACCAUAACGACGGAGCCAUCUUAUUUCCAGGCUUAUUGAGACUUCAAAAUCGACGAAAGCUUAGUCUAAUUUUGCGAAGUAUACUUACUCGUAUUGGACUUGGAUUUGCCCGUGCCUUUGUUCGUCAGGCUUCUGGAAACAUUCUCCCUGGCCCUCCUACUUUUAUAUCAACUAGCGAUAGAACUACGGGAUCUGCCUACAAUGAACAAGCCAAACAUAGUCCUCAGCUGGAAAGGUUGGUUAACCUUCUCCUUACCUGGCAUCUUUCUCAGCCAAUUGAUCUACAGGAAUCUAAUGAGCAAGUAGAACUGCUUAAGCAAAUACAUAAUGAACACGACAAGCCAGCUCAGCCCUGGUCCAGGUCUCAAUUAGCUCUUCAAAAACUUGUUGCAAACCUUCUGCGCCUCUCUACUUCACCAACACCUAGUUUUCCAACUAAAUCCCCUAGCGGAGAACUCUCCAGUUCUCAACCAUAUUCAUUAAGCCCAUCGGAACUAGAGUUUGCCUGCCAAUGCUUAGAAGAGAGCCUUCUUUGGAUGCCAUCCCACAUUCCCCUUUCAUUGAGGACUUCUGUCUCGCCUGUAGAUCUAUCCGAUGAUGCUUUUCUUCAGAAGAGAAUUCCAAAAGGUUCUACCUUCGCUGCUUCAGCCUGUCCAGCCUCCGAACAGAAGUUUCCUCAACACGGAUAUCCUACUGAUGUAUAUUCCUCUCUACCAACUGCGUCUGUUCUGACUUCCUCUGAUGUAUCUCCUUGUCUCCCAGCCAGAUUGGCUCGUCUAGUUGAAAUGGGAUUUCCUCUCUCUCGUGUGUUGCUUGCUGUCGAGCUUAUAGGUGGCCCUUCUAGUGAAGUUGUUAUGGAUUUUCUACGCACCCCACCAUCACAAGGUAAGGAUCGAGCAACUUCAUCCUCUCUCAUGCAGCUACCUUUUCGACUUCCACGUCUUGAAGAGAUUCUUGAUUGUCUACUACUUCUUCCUGACCAGGACAAUUGUGCAGACCUUAAUGCAAGUGAUUUGAAUUCUCAUCAACUUACUCCGGAGUUUCAAGAGCGUCCGGUUCCUGAACAAUGGGUACAUUCUUCUAAUGAAAACGGCGGAGUCGGAGAUCAAGCUAAUUGGGCAGUUAGGGACACUAAUACAGAAGUCUUUCCCGACUCUAGCAGAGAUGAGGUAACUAGUUUGAGAGACAUUUUCAGAAAUGAGACCUCUCGCACUUCGUCUCCUUACUCAUCUCUGUCGCUAUGCUCUAUACAAUCUAAGCAUCGUAAAGGAUCUUCCUCCGAUUCUAUGUCAGAUAAUAUUCCUAUUCGAUCAGCCUCUGCCUAUCAGUCUGAUUUUCCUCACUCACCUACAGCCCAGUGUCUACCCGAAUCCACGAAUUUGCAUAUUGGUGACAAGGCGAGGAUAAUAGUGUCAUCUCCGAUUUGGGGUUGGUGUAAGGUAACUCCAGAUAGCUGUGGAUCAAUUACAGGGAUUUUUUCACUCAGUCGCCUGGAACCUAGUGAGCGGCUCUCUGGAUAUUUGGAUUCUUUGUGUUAUAAGCCAGUUUCGGGUCCAAUAGCCAGUAAUGAAACUGAUUUCACUACGGGAUUCUGCGAAGGAACUAUUCAAGAGCACCUUGUUAAUACACUCCAGAAGCUUGAAGCGUCCUUAUUUCUAAUUGUUCGAGUAUUAUGGAGAAUUUUUCUUGGAGUUCUGAUGAAUUUUUAUUUUUACGGCGCAGUCUUAAUGCAGGUCUACACUCUCUAA